ACCCUCUGGAAUGUGGCCCGGGCAUCAGGAUUUUUUAAAGCUCUCUGGUGAUUCUAAUGGGCAGUGGGGAUGGAGAACCACUGGCCUUUAAAAUAGAUCUGAUCCUGAUUCUCCUUGUACAGCCAGGGAAACCGAGGCACAGAGAGGUUAAGUAAGUGGCCCAAGGUAACCCAGCUUAGUGAAUAGUGGAGCAAGAAUUUGAGCCCAGAAUGUUUGGCUUCAAAGCUCUACCAAAAAAAAAAAAAAAUCCAUUAGCAUCAGUUCAUUUCCCCAGCGACGGGGAUUCGGGAGUUGGAAGCCAGCUGCUUUCUGAGACAGACAGACAGACAGGGCCCCUCAGGCAAGGCAUAUUUUUAACCCAGCGAGGCUGAGGAUUCUUUGAGACAUCCUGCAGUGACUUGUUUGGGAACCCAGUGGCCCUUCCCCUGUCGAGAGAGCCCCCAGAGUCCAGCUAGUUCUUCCCCAGGAGCCAAUGGGUCCCACCUGGCUCAGGCGGUGGGGUGGGGGUUACCUCCACUGGGGGCUGAUGCUUGCACACAUGGUGGAAGGGGAGGGGGGCCAGUUUGGAUGGAUGCAGAACCCUCCUCACUCAGAGACUAGGAUUAUCCUCCCGAAACCAGCCCCUUCUCCCUCCUCUCUGCCUGGCAAACGGUUGGAGGACAAGCAGCGUUGGAAGCUGGAUUGUACAGCCAGGCCCCCGGAGAAUGGGUGGGAAUUCUUCUUUCUCCCCCUUUUCCUCCCUGGUGAAAGCCACAGAGCACAUCCAAAUAAAUGUACACGUUAAGCAUUCUUCAGAUGUUCUUAAACACGGCUCUGUGGGUGAACACAUGGGUGCAGUCUUAGAGUUGCAAUUUGGGAGCCCCUCCUAAAAUGCAAAGAGCCAUGGUGGCGCAGUGGUUAAGGCGCUCAGUUGCAAACCAAAAGGUCGGCAGUUCAAACCCACCAGCUGCUCUGGGGAAGAAAGAUGGGGCAGUCUGUUUCUGUAAAGAUCACAGCCUUGGAAACUUUGAUGCAGUUCUACUCUGUCCUAUAGGGUCGUUGUGAGUUGGAAUUGACUCUACGGCAACGGGUUUUGCUUUUCUUAAAAUGCAAAAUAUGCAUGGUCUUUGAGCCUGCAAUCCCACGUGUAAAAAUUUCCCCUAGAAACACCCUACAGCUAGGCAAAGACACACGUCUAAGGAUGUACACUUUAGCAUUGCAAAAACCCCAUUGCCAUAGAGUCGAUUCUGACUCACAGUGACCCUAUAGGACAGUAAAACUGCCUCAUUGCUUAUAAUAGGGAAAAUCUGGACGCAAGUGUCCAUCCAAAGAGGAUUGGUGAAACCUGUCGGAUAUGUACUUAAACGAUGACGAUGGAAUACAGUAAUGCUGAUAAAAAGAAGUGGAGCUAUUUGCUGACACAGAAAAUAGAGCCGCGAUAUAUUAUUUAGCAGGUAGAAAAAAAGUAGUAGAACCGUAUGUAGCAUGUAGUCGUUGCAUCCAGCACGCUCAAUGAAAAAUACUUAGACGAUAACCGUUACUGCACUAAAUGUGUAGUUUAUAUGGUGGGAGAGCUUGAAAUGGUAUUACCAGAAACUCCACACGGCUGGGUGCUCUUUAAGAAGCCAAGAUACACUAGAAAAGACAAGAUCCCAUAACAAAAACCUGAAACAGCUCUAUUUAACGUAGAACUAAACAACCUACUUGAAAUAAAAAAUGCACUCCAUAGACGCACAAAAAUAAAUCUCUAAAACUAAAAAGAAAUACAGCAUGAAUAGUAAAAAAAACUAAGUAACUUUUUUUAAACAAGUAAUAGAUCAGUCUCCGUAGAGACCGUCAAAAAUUGCCAAUGCCGACUAUGUUUCAAGUCGUCACGGCGGGGUAUUGGGAAAAGUUUUCAAUUAGCAAUAAUCGCGCCUCGGAUAAACCUCAUUGGCUACGAUAUUGCCACUGCGCAAAGCUAACUGUUGUUGGCGCGCGCCCCAUUCUCCCACGGAUGACAACAGCCAUUUUGCUGAGGGUCGGUGACUGCCACUGUGUUCGUGGAUAGGAAGCGUCCCCACUCGGUCAGUCAUAUUUAUGGCCCAUCUGCAUGGGAAGUUUCCUAUUAUUGGAUCUUCUUGCGUGGAACAUUCCGAUUUUGGAACGAGCAGAGCAGCCGCGUAGGAUGCUGGGGGUUCUUAUGCAAAUAAGGCUGACGUCAUUGAGCUGCCGGGUGGAGACCUGAAUUUUUUGAGAAAACAGCGGCGGGAAAGCGAGGGUGACUCGUAGGGGUGAAGCGGUACGAACAGCAGGUGGAUGAGGAGGUGCGUAAACAGCGGGCAGAGCCCCGAGGGAGUAUUUUCAGAAAAGGAAAAUUAAUUGCAAAUGCCAGCAUGGCAGAAGGCAGACGCAGAAAUACAAUGUAGCGUGGAGGAAAGAGCCCUGGUGACGCAGUGGUUAAGCACCUACGCUGCUAACCGAAAGGCAGGUGGUUUUAGCCUAGCGAUUUGCUCGAGAAAAAUGUGGGAGAAAGAUGAGGCAAGUCUGCUUCCCUGGAAAUUCACAACUUUUGAAACCUUAUGGGGAGCAGUUCUACUCUGUCCUAUAGGUCGCUAUGACUCGGUGCCUAUUGGACGGAAACUUGGGUUUGGGUUUUCUUAUGGUAGACAAAAAAAAUAUGACAAAGGGGUAUAGCAGAAGAAAUGUAACUUGUACAGUAAGAAAAUAAAGUUCAUCAGAGACCACAAGCAAAAACACAGACAAACAAUACAAAACUUUUUUUUUUAAACCGAAUUAUUCAGUCUCCGUAGAGACCGUCAAAAAUUGCCAAUGCCGACUGUAUUUCAAGUCGUCACGGCGGGGUAUUGGGAAAAGUUUUCAAUUAGCAAUAAUCGCGCCUCGGAUAAACCUCAUUGGCUACGAUAUUGCCACUGCGCAAAGCUAAAGAGUACCGCCCCCUGCUCAUCAUCCCCAAUAAGCAACGUUCCUAUUACAGAAAGGCGAGUUUCAAUCUCAUGGAAUUAUUGUUUUGUUGAAAAUUAUACAAUCCUAUAAACGUCUUUUGGAAAUGGAAAGAAGGUUCUGAAGAUUCCGUUCUUAGUUUCACUUCACCAGGUUUUGGUGGAAAAUGAAGCAAAGCACUAUGGGAGGGAACAUGUUAAUAGCCUUAAUUCAGAGACUGCGAGGGGCGUUUGAGAAAUGGGUUGUCAGGGUUUCGCGCUGUCACUGCUGUUCACUUGGUUCCUGAUUCACAGUGUAACUAUCGUCUCCAAAAGAGUUUUCUGUGGACGUCUUAAUUCAGAGAGAAGGCCAAAAGAGAAUUUAUUUCCACAGAAACGUCCACAGUACGCGAAGUUGUAAUUUUCACCCUUACCGUCUGUUUUCUUUGGCAGGUGGAAAGCUGUUAGAAACCGGUAUCUGUCUCUUUCCCUGACCCAUAUUCUCCAAAAGCUUUUAUUUUGAUUUUUGCCACUUGUAAAGAUGCAAAUAGUGGUUUAUGAGAAAGUGACAUUUUCCGCUAACAUUUUUUAUGGAAGAUUCUUGCAAACACAAAAAGUUCAAAGAAUUGCUCAGUGAACAUUCAUGUAGUCAUCACCUAGGUAAGAAAGUAACUUUUUUUUUUUUUUCCUCAGAGUAAGAACUCAAUAUAAAAAACCCACUCCCGGUCGAGUCGAUUCCGAUUCAUAGCGACCCUAUAGGACAGAGAAUUGCCCCGUAUGGUUUCCAGGGAGAGCCUGGUGGAUUUGAACUGCCAACCUUUUGAUUAGCAGCCACUAUGCCCCCAGCGUUUCCACUCAAUAAAAGAUAGCUUUAUUUUGUUUUUUUUCUUGCUCAUCUUUUCAUAUAUUUAUUAUUUUAUAUACUUUUAUUUAUUUUGUUGUCAUUGAGAAUAUACACAGCAAAAAUAUAUCAACUCAACACUUUCUACAUGUACCAUUUAGUGACAUUUAUUACAUUUUUUGAGUACUGCAACCAUUCUCACCCUCCUUUUCUGAGUUGUUCCUCCCCCAUUACCAUAAACUCACUACCCACUAUGGUUCCUAUCUAAUCUUUUGAGUUGCUGUUGUCACUUUGAUCCCAUAUAGAUAGUUCUUAAAAUAGCACAUUGCUCAAAGCAGACAUUUUUUACUACUUGAGCUAAACUAUUGUUGGGUUUUAAGAAGACUUCAGGGGAUAUUUUUGGUUUAAGGUUUAAAGAUUAUCUCAGGGCAAUAGUUUCAGGGGUUCAUCCAAACUUUAUGGCUCCAGGAAGUCUGGAGUUCAUGAAAAUUUGAAAUUCUGUUCACAUUUUCCCUUUUUUGAUAUAAACUGACAUUUUUAAAGGCCUGUUUGAUGUUAAUGGAUAGUGAAUUAUUUUAUUUUCUUUUUCAGGCUACAGCAUUAACUGCCAGGGUAGAAAAACCUAACAAACAAACAAAGCUUAGCAAUCUGGUUAAUUUUUAUUAUUUUACUUUGACCCAAUCAAAGACUGAGCCAUUAAUUCCAGGUGAGUGGAGAAUAGAACUGGCUUUCGUAAAAAAUAAAAAAGCUACAGCCCCAGUCCUACAGGAUUAUCGCUAGAACUGCCCAGCUGGUGAGAAUGUCUGGAUUGGGUGGGGUAUGACACCCUGUCAGUGAUUAAGAGCUAUGGCUGUCAUCUAUAAAGGUCAGCACUUUGAACCACCAGCUGCUCCUUGCAAACCCUAUUGGAGCAGUUCUACUCUGUCCUAUAGGAUCGCCAUGAGUCGGAAUUGACUGAACACCAAGACGUUUUAGUAGCUAUCAAGGGUAAUUGUGCAUUUCCCUAGCUGUCUUGGGUGACUUCAUUCUCCAUAGAUGACUUUGCAAUGCUAUGGGAAAAAUUUUAAACUCAGCUAACUUUUCCCCCAGAACAUUCCUGGGGCCUAACAGCACAAGAGUCCUGCAACACCGGCCAGUCUCUAUAUUAAUGAUGCUCAUUCCACUUGGAGAUCUGAGAAAAAGUAACACGAACUUGACAUUUUUCAUAAUAAAAUGUUGGGGUGGGGGAAAGUCACCAUCACAGCAUUUUCAUAGGUUUUUAUCAAAUAACCUUGUAUACAGAAGGAACCCUGGUGGUGCAGUGGUUAAGAGCAUGGCUGCUAACCAAAAGGUCAGCAGCUGGAAUCCAUCAGCCCCUCCUUGGAAACCCUAGGGGGCAGUUCUCCUCUGUCCUGUAGGGUCCCUAUGAGUCUGGACCAACUGGACAGCCCAUAACAACAACACAGAGCAGAGUUUCUCAUUGGCUGCACGUUGGAAAUACCCGGGAAAUUUGUAAAAUGACUUAAUGUCCAGGCAUCUCCCCAGACCAAUUAAAUAAGGAUCUCUGGUUUCACUUCUUCAAUAUAAAAGCACAAGAUGAGAAAUAAAAUUGGAGAAGCCAAGUGAUCAAACACAUUAGUCCAUGUAUAUUUGGCAUUUUUGAAUGGAUUUUUUUUUUUUUUAUUGCAGUGCAAGUAUACACAACAAAACAUUUGCCACACUCUUCACGUUUGGCUUUAAUUUUUUGGUAUUUGUGAAUGCAUUUCUUCACAAGCCUUUUUUUUUUUUUUUAAGAUUGUGUAACAAAAAAAAUUUGCCUCGUAGCAAGAUCUUUUACUAAUAGCGGGGAACUUGACUGCCACGGUGAGUGGAAAGAGUCACAAACACUGAAGCUGAAGACGAGUCAAAUCCAGAUCCAUUAUAUUCUAUUUUAAGAGAAUGAAUUUCUGAAUUAGAGCUGUUUGGAUUUACUAUUUUGGACUCAGGACAUCGGUAGCGAGGCUCUGAUCCACUUCUCUUUCAAAGAGACGAGGAUGUACUGGCUUAGCGUGAGUACCGUAUCACCGGACCAAAGUUCAGAACCUCUGACCAGGAGGGCAAACAGGGAGCGAGACUGGGCAAUCUGGGUCCCGCAAUUGUAAACCCAGAGGAUUGUGGGAUUUGUAGUUUUUCUUAAAGCAUUUCCUCUCCAUGCACUACAUUUCCCAAGAUGCAACUGUAGCAACACAGUCCCGCUGUCCGGUGAGAAGUGUCUUUUAAGAAUGAGGAUGACCCUUGGGUUGACUCUCAGGUCAGCACAAGGCCGCUGGACUUCAAACGCCAGCCGUGGCUGCUCACAUGGAUCUCUUGGGUUAUUUGUGCCUGCAAGUCCUCCUUUGGACCCCGAGAAGGUGAAGGAGUUGCAGCGCUUCAUCACCCUCUCCAAGAGACUCCUAGUGAUGACCGGGGCAGGGGUCUCCACGGAGUCGGGGAUCCCAGACUACCGGUCAGAAGGGGUGGGACUUUAUGCCCGCACUGACAGGCGGCCCAUCCAGCACAGGGACUUUGUACAGAGCGCACCCGUUCGCCAGCGGUACUGGGCAAGAAACUUCGUGGGCUGGCCGCGGUUCGCCUCCCACCAGCCUAACCCGGCACACUGGGCUCUGAGCAACUGGGAGAGACUCGGAAAGCUGUACUGGUUGGUGACCCAAAACGUGGACGCCUUGCACACCAAGGCAGGGAGUCGGCGCCUGACAGAGCUCCACGGGUGUAUGCACAGGGUCCUUUGCUUGAAUUGUGGUGAGCAGACUGCCCGCGGGGUGCUGCAGGGGCGUUUUGAAAUGCUGAACCCCACUUGGAGCGCUGAGGCCCACGGCCUGGCUCCCGAUGGUGAUGUCUUUCUCACAGAGGAGGAGGUGCAAAGCUUCCAGGUCCCUUCCUGUGCUCGAUGUGGAGGUCCCCUGAAACCAGAUGUCACCUUUUUCGGGGACACAGUGAACCAUGACAAGGUUGACUUUGUGCACAAGCGGGUCAGAGAAGCCGACUCCCUCUUGGUGGUGGGAUCGUCCGUGCAGGUGUACUCUAGUUACAGGUUUAUCCUUACUGCCCAAGAGAAGAAGCUGCCGAUUGCAAUACUGAACAUUGGGCCCACACGGUCAGACCACUUGGCAUGUCUGAAACUGGACUCUCGCUGUGGAGAGUUGCUGCCUUUGAUAGACCCACGGUGACCAUAGCCUGAUGUUCCUGAGCCAGAAACAGGGACUUACACUUGAAUCCUGCUGCUAAAAGUAAACGCCUUCUCAACUAUCAGAUUCCAUCUGAGAGUAGGCUGCACUGACAAAAUAUAGAAGGUUCUAGCUUCUUAAGGGGCCCUGGUGGUGCACUGGGUAAGAGCUCGGCUGCUAACCAAAAGGUCGGCACUUUAAAUCCAGCAGCUGCUCCUUGGAAACUAUGGGGCAGUUCUACUCUAUCCUGUAGGGUCACUAUGAGUUAGAAUCGACUUGAUGGCAACAGGUUUGUUUGUUUGUUUGUUUAGGCUUAGUGCUACCCAAAAUUGGAGGUUCAAGUAUACCCAGAGGUGAAAGAAAGGCUUGGCAAUCUACUUCUAAGAAAAUUAGGCAUUCAAAACCCUAUGGGGCCUCCGUGAACAACUGCCUCCUUUGCCAGGAUACCAGAACCAUCGAUGGUGCUUCACUAUCAUUACUGAACAUUUUGAUUAAAGAUUUUAUAGAAGAAUCUUGAUCAAAAGGGGGCAAAAUGCAGUGCAGAAUUUCAAAUUAUCAUGAAAUCCAGACUUUCUGGAGCCAUGGAGGCUGCGUGAGCCCCCAAAAUUAUUGCCUGAGAUAAUCUUUAAACCUUAGACCAAAAAUAGCCCCUGAAGUCUCCUUAAAAUCAAACAAUAGUUUAACUAGUAAAGAAUGUUUGCCUUGAGCAUUACGCUCUUUUAAGAACUAAGAACUAUGUAUAUGGGAUCAAAGUGACAACAGCAACUCAAAAGAUUAGCUAGGAACCUUAGGGGGCGGUGAGUUUAUGUUAAUGAGGGGGGAACAGCUGAGAAAAGGAGGGUGAGAAUGGUUGCACAACUUGAAUGUAAUCAGGGUCACUGAAUUGUACCUGUAGAAUCUGUUGGACUGGUGUAUGUUUUGCUCUGCAUGUUCUCAAUAACAACAACAAAUAAAAUAAGUUACCAAAAAGGAGAAAACCGUAUGGAGUGCAGUUCUACUGUAACACACAUGGGGUUGCCGUGAGUCGGAAUUGACUCGAUGGCAGCUGGUUACUGGUUAUUUUAGCAUUAAUUUGUUUAAUUUCUUUUCAAAUCCCCAAGAUCCAGCCCUUCCUCCAAGCUUGCUGAGUGUGGCCUGUAGAGGGCAGCAAACCAACAUCUCUGCCAUUCCAUCUCUGAACUGGCUGAGUUUCAGAGCCAACCAGUUCAGGUCUGAUGAGAUUUGCCCCCAAAGACUUUUUCAAGAAAGCAGCAUCUCUCGAUAGCAAAACAGCAUUCACUUCCUUUUUGUCUCACCGGGCAGAAGAAAUGGCCAGGGAAAUAUGUAGGCCGAAAUGGUUGCUGGGGUGCCAACUGAGGGAUCUCGCUAAAUAAGGUAGAAGGAAACAGUUUAUAAUACCAAAUGGUUAAGUGUCUUUAACUAAUCCACUUUGAUGUUUUUUUUUUUUUUAAACAGCAAUGACAUGAAUGAAUUUUUUUUUAUUAAGUAAGGAAUAAAGAUUUUUUUUUUUUAAAGCAUGUGGGGUGUUUGGCCUGCACGUUUAGGUUUUUUCAUCUGUUGAAAGAAAAUGGGGUUUCUGACACAGUUCUCCAAGGAUUUUUCUUUGUCUUCAGCUGCCAGAAUGAAACACCUGCCUUGAACCGGCCUGUAGAGAGGAAACAGUGAAUUCCCAAGUGGGUUCUUAAGUUGAUUUGUUUCUGCAGAGGAAAGCAGCAAGACUUGUUUGAUUGCUGCGUUCAGCAGAAAGAAUCAUUGUACCCAGCUAAAGCUUUCUGCACGAUCUCAUCAGAAAGUGAGGCGGAUGAGAGUAUCGCAGACUAUUCCGGGGAGUCUUUUGUCUAAAAUUAGGUCACUCAGGACAUGUUCAUUCCGUACCUGCGGAGGAAGCAGCUUUCAGUUAACUGAGAUAAUCCAAGGUCUUGACAACACAGUGAGUCCUUUUCACCUGCACAGCUGUAGGCUUGCCCAGAGACACUAAUUCGUUCUGAAGCCGUCUAAAGUUGUUGUAAAUCUCAUUCCGGCCUUUUUUGUAGGCGAGGAUCCUAUGGUGCCCUGAACUGGUUGAUUUGUUCAGUUACCCAAAAAACCAAAAAAGCCCAAACUGGUUGCUAUUGAGUUGAUUCUAACUCAGUGACUCUAUAGGACAGAGUAGAACUGCCCCAUAGAGUUUUCAAGGAACGCCUGGUGGAUUCAAACUGCUAACCUUUUGGUUAGCAGCUGUAGCACUUAACCACUACGACACCAGAGUUUCCAGGUUACCCAAAGUCAGGACCAAUAAAAUCUGGGUCUUUUGAAUCUCAAGCCAUUCUCAUCCACAAAUCUCAUCAACACUUAUUGAUGGACAUUGUAUUAAGGUACUGAGGAUGCAAAGAUACAACUUCUUGUCCUCAAAUGGCUCAAAGAGAAUUGCUAUUCCCGCCCCCCCCUCCACCGCCCCAUUCCCUACCAGAAAAUGUCAUAGAGUCAUGCAUGGAAUAACAAUUAGAGAAAGUUUAGUCCAUCCUCUCAUUUUUUUGUUUAAGGAAACUAAGGUCCAGACUUACCUAAGGCCACAUUCAUGGUGAUUCCCUGUGUACAGAGUAGAACUGCAUUUCAUAGGGUUUUCAAGGAUGUGGCCUUUUAGGAGCAGAUUGCCAGGCCUUUCUUUUGAGGCACCUCUGGAUGUAUUCGAACCGACAACCUUUCAGUUAGCAGUUGAGCACUUAACUGCGCCACCCAGGGACACUGAAUUGGAAUUGACUCGAUGGCAACCGGUACUGGUAAAGCCACAUUAGGUAGUUUCAGAGCCAGAACUAGAAUCCGAGUAUUCAGACUCCCUUUCAAGUUAUUUUUCUUUACGCAACACUCUGUCUCAUUGAUCUGCAGAAUGUGGGUAGAAAGCAGUCAGUCUGAAGUUAAAGUAAAAGCCAGCAGUACACCUGGCCAAGGAGACCAGGAAUGGUUGAAGCGUAGUGGCCUUGGAGAGCUGGUUAGGUUGCGGGGCAGGCUGCUUCAGCACCUUAUUGCUGGCACAGAUCAUGAAACCCAGUCUUGAAGGCCUUAGGAAUUUUUGCUUUGUUCAUAUUUCCUCCUAAAAUGGAAAUCUUUCCAAAAUAAUGUGUUCCAAGACGAACUUGAUAUUUCCUGAAGCUGAUGCUUCUCAUUGCCUCCUUGUUUUGACAUCUUUUGCUUUCAGCCAGUGUGGGAGUUCCUAACCCAUUGUAAGUGCCCUCAGUUGAAGUAUCAAACGUCUGCUAGUGGGCUCUGUCAGCCCACCCCUGCCCUGGUUAUAUGGUUCUAACUGCACAAGCCCAGACUUACGCGUGACUUUGAGUUGUAUUUUUCAGUUGCUUCUGCCGUUCUUCUUGACUAUCAUAAUUAGGUAAAUAGAAGUCACAAAGGCAGACAGGUAUAUAACACUCGGAACUUCCUUCUCAUGAACUCUUGCUCCUUCUUGUAUGUUGUUAUAAACUGAAUAUCCUUCUUACCUCCCCCUUAAAAAAAAAAAAGCGUUUAUUGAACACAUACUAUAUCCCAAGCACUUGUUGUUAGAUGUCAUCGAGUCAGUUUCGACUCAUAGCAACCCUUUCUUUGUACAACAGAGUGAAACACUGCCCGGUCCUGUGCCAUCCUCACAAUUGUUGUUAUGCUAGAGCCCAUUGUUGCAGCCACUGUGUCAAUCCAUCUCGCUGAAGGUCUUCCCAAACAGUAUGCGAAGCAUUUUAUGAAGUACCAGCUCACCUACGGAUUAACUCCACAAGAGAUGUUUGGACAUGCAUGUGGUUCACUCUUUAGUGAGUGUUGACUUUUUCUGAGAGGAUUGAAGGAAGGACCAGUAGGAAAUUCAACACUCCUAGAUAGGGUCACAGAUUGCCCAGGGCUGAGGGGGUUUCCCAGGAUGUAGGAUCUUUACUGCUAAAACUGGGAUGAGUUCGUUGCCCUGCUCCCAGGAACACCAGAGGCUGCCACCAAAUAUAAUAGUUGAUAUCAGAUAUAUUAUGGAAACCCUGGUGGCGUAGAGGUUAAGAGCUACGGCUGCUAACCAAAGGGUCGGCAGUUCGAAUCUGCCAGGUGCUCCUUGGAAACUCUAUGGGGCAGCUCUACUCUGUCCUAUAGGGUCGCUAUGAGUCGGAAUCGACUCGACGGCACUGGGUUUGGUUUCUGGUUUUUUAUCAGACAUAUUAUCCUUGUUGAGAUUCCAGAUGGUGCUGUGAGAUCUAG